AUGAUUCGAUCUUCGUCUAGCACGUUUCGGGCCGGUAGAUGGGGACGCUUUGUUCAGAAAAGAUUACUAGCUAUUUCUCUAGCGGGAAACGCUGUAUGUCUCCUGGCUGCCUUGUUCUUCAGCGGGCGUCAAUGUUCCAACCUUCACUGGCAGAAUCUUCACGCAGUGGAUGUUGAGUGGAAUGGUGGGCACCCAGCCUCAGGAAAGACUGGAACUUGCUACUGUAACCCAGAAAAGUACUGCUUGUGCACGCCAAGCUUGGCCGUUGAUUUUGUGUUGGCCUCCGGCGAGGAGCACUUGUGGGUAGUCAGACGCAAAGACACCAAUCAACUGGCGACUCCUGGUGGAUUUGUGGAGGUUGGCGAGACGGUUGAGGCUACGGUCUUGCGAGAAUUGAAAGAGGAAACCGGCCUUGUCAAUAUCGGCAAACUAGAACUGCUGGGAAUAUACUCGGAUCCGCGACGAGAUCGCCGGCGACAUACGGUUUCGGCUGUUUUUAUUGUACACCUGGAUGGCACUGAGCACCCCCACGCCGCAGACGAUGUCAAAGACAUCCAAAGAAUACAUUUGAAAGAUAUUGAAAAACACGAGUUCUUUGCUGAUCAUAAGACCAUAUUGCUGGAUUAUCGGAGGUUUGUGGAACAUGGCCAUUGUGCCAGUCUGAUUCCAUCAACCGGCGACUUUGCCACUGAUAUUGUACGCUCAGUCUGUUAG